AGCAGACGAAUGCAUUGCUUUCGAUCAUUCCAGCAGCUGGUUUUAUAAAUAGAAAGUGACUUUAUAAAUAGAAAAGCACACGCUGUGACACUCGAGUCUUAAGAAUUAACGAAAAAAAUUAUGAUAAUUCAUAAACUGAGCUGCAUCACGAGUGAAGCGUUGUAUACUUUAUCAAAUUCGCAGUAGAACAUUCUUAUUAUCACUGAAAGUCGCGAACGCCGAUCUCAUCUCUUCAUUAAGCCGAAAACUUACUCAAAAUAACAACAAAGUUAAUUAAUAGUCCAUUUUAAUGUUACGUCAAUGCUGUACAAAGCGUAUUUUAUCUUUCGAACAACAACGAUUGCUCUCGACAACCCUAACCUGUAACAACAACGACGAGGGACGUAUACACAGUGGUCUUACCUCAGGAGAGUUCACCUUCAACUAUGAAUCUCAAGAUCCAAUGGAAACUCUGCCAUCGCAGUCCCAAAUUGUCAUUGCUGGAGCAGGUACGGUGGCUAAUUCCGUAGCGUACCAUUUGACACUGAAGGGUUGGAACGAUGUUCUUGUCCUGGAGCAAAACAAGAUUGGAGCUGGUAGUUCUCACUUUGGUUCAGGGACGCUAGGACUAUUUAAGCCAAUUGCUCACAGAAAUCUAAUAUCAUACAGCAUCAAGCUUUAUCGACAGCUGCAGGAGAUGGGGUAUGAGAUAGGGUUGAGACAGUGUGGCAGUAUCAAUCUAGCUCAGACCAAAGACAGGAUGAUCGCUUUGAGAAGAAGGAUGGCUUACAAUGUGCCUACAGGACUUCACUGUGAGAUCCUGGGCAAAGAAGAGCUGAAAAGGAUGCAUCCAUUUUUACAUUUAGAUGACAUCGAAGGUGCUGUUUGGGUACCUGAAGAUGCAGUAGCCGACUCAGUUGCAAUAUGCGAAGUGCUGGCCAACCUGGCAAAGCAAGGAGGUGUUCGCUACAUCGAACACUGCAGAAUUGAGAAAGUUCUCACAGAAAAAGGAGCCGUCAAGAGAGUUAAGACUAACAAAGGAUAUGUUGACUGUCAAUAUUUUGUAAACUGUGCAGGAAUGUGGGCUAGAGACUUAGGACUACGCUGUGAUCCUCCUGUAAAAAUACCUGCUUAUCCAGCAGAGCACUACUACGCAGUGGCAGCUCCACCUUCUAUGGUUACAAGUCUAAACCUUCCAUGUGUCAGAGAUUUCGAUUCCUACUCUUACAUGCGUGAAUGGCAGGGUGGAAUUUUGGCAGGCUGGUUUGAGCCAGAAGCCAAGCCAGCAUUCGAGGGCAGCCAGAUCCCCAAUUCCAACUGGAAGCAACACCUGAAGGUCGAUUCUAAUCACUGGCGACCGCUUUGGGACAAAAUCGUGCACAGGAUGCCAAUUCUGAAAGAAGUGAAAAAGCCUUUUGUCUACAACUGUCCUGACAAUUUCACACCCGAUGGCCGAUGGAUCAUGGGUGAGACCUCCGACGUCAAGAACUACUACGUCGCCGUUGGAAUGAACGGAAAUUCCCUUCAAGGGGCUGGAGGUAUAGGUAAGGAAAUAGCCGAAUGGCUAAUCCAGAGCGAGUCUACCCAGGAACUCUUACCUUUCAACGUCCAACGUUUCAUGGAUCUCCACACAAACAGGCAAUAUCUGCAGCAGAGAAUCAGAGAAGUCGUCGGACGCAACUAUGCGAUUUUGUAUCCGCAUCAGUGCGAGUACAGGUACGCGAGAAAACUUCGCUGCUCACCACUUUACUCAGUGCAGGAGAAACGAGGUGCUAUAUUCGGAAUUAAGAUGGCUUAUGAGAGACCUUUGUACUUUGAUUCGACCUAUCGAGGCCGACUGAAGAAACCAGUGAUGCCUCCAGGAAGCUUCUACAAGCCAAAGUUCUUUGAUUUUAUGAAAGAAGAGUUCCAGGCUUGUCGCGAAGGCGUCGGAUUAAUCGACAUGAGCUCCUUCUCGAAAAUAGAGAUCACGUCGGUGGGCUUAGAAGUGGUCGACUACCUCCAAAAGCUCUGUUCUAACGAUGUGAACUUGGCUAUCGGCGGCAUAACUCAUACGGGUAUGCAAAAUGAAAGGGGUGGAUAUGAGAACGACUGCAUGCUGGUUCGAAAAGCUGAGAACAGCUACUUCAUGGUGUCCCCGACGAUGCAGCAGACGCGGAUAUAUCAGUGGAUGUCGAGGCAUCUACCAGCUGAUCACUCAGUGGGCUUGAACGACGUUACCUCCAAGUACACCGUGGUCAACGUUAUUGGACCAAAGGCUACGCAGUUGCUUUCCGAGCUUUCGCAUUCCGACCUGAAGCUUUCAUCCUUCACUUACAAAACGUGCAACGUGGGCUACGCGUCAGACGUAAUGGUGAUGGCGUUCACACACACUGGUGAACCUGGCUACUGUCUCUACAUACCUUCGGAAUAUGCUCUCCACGUCUACGGUACUCUGAUGGAGGUAGGCCGUGACUACGGUGUCCACAACGUCGGGGUACUCACUCAACGCUUCAUGAGACUCGAGAGAUUCAUACCCUUUUGGGCGGAGGAACUCACGCCCUUCGUCACGCCUUACGAGGCUAAUAGCGCUUACAGGAUCAAUCUUGAUAAGGAGUACUUCAUUGGAAAGUAUGCCUUGCAACGUCAGAAAGAACGAGGCGUAACGAAAAGACUGGUCCUCUUCGUUAUAAACAAUCUUGAUCUCAACAAAGAUGUCUGGGCUUGGGGUGGAGAGCCUCUCUACAGAAACGGAGAAUUCGUUGGAACUGUUACAUCUGCUGGACACGGAUUUAACAUAGGGAAGUUGAUUUGCCUCGGUUUUAUCGGACAUCCCGGUUACUACAAUUCGCAGGACGAGAACCGAGUCGUUACGAAUGAGUUCAUCACGGACUCAUCGGCGGUUUACGAAAUCGAUAUUGCGGGACAUCGGUUUCCACUAACGCCGCACAUUCACUCGCUUUCUUUUACGAGCAACAAGAGUAAAAAGUACAUACCGACUCCUGUGAUGUCGUACAAGAGUGACAUCUCGCAUUGAUUAGGUUUUUGCCAAUUUAUAGGCUUAUUUGCGCACUUAAUGAUUUCUCAUGGUAACUGAUCUAGUCGUGACUUGAAGACUUGAUAAUUUAUUUAGAUUAAGGAAAAUCUAACAACGAUCAACAAUAAUAUAAUGAACUUCUGCAACUUUCAAUAUUUUUGUAAAACGGUUGUGAAAGUAUGUGGAUGUCGAAAUAACUCUAAUUCAAGAACAAAGAAUAGUCAUUUUCGGAUCAUUGAUUGAUUGUACUAUAGUGAUACAACGAACCAAACUAAUAUCCAAUUAACAAUAAUUAGCAUGUAAUGUGGUUACUGAAAGCAUAAUGUAUGUUUAAAUAGUCAAUUACCAUUCAAACUCCUAUUUUAGAAUAUUUAACUAAAAUUAGACUUCAAUAAAUUGGUAAUUUUGUACAUGUAUAUAUAACAUGGAAAUCUAACAAAAAUAUAUUACAAGUUUUGCACAACAUAUGGCAUAUAUUUAUUUAAAAAAACCUUACAGUAUAUACCUUAUGCAUCCUUUUUGUUGCUUGCCACAUAGACCAUUGUAAAGAUCUUUUAAAAAUGUGCUGUGAGUAAAAGCAAGACCAGAGUGUAGAAACUUAAUCUUAACAUAUACAAAUACACAAUUUACUUCUUUUUAGCUUCUUUUAUUACUACUGCUGAAGUUUUCAAAAAGA